UGACGCCUUGCCACAAUGGGUCACGACUUGGCGGAUAUAAAAAAAUCUUUCGAGGCAAGUUUGCCGGGAUAUGUUGAGAAGAAAGAUCCAAAAAGUAUUCUACCGCAACCAGGAAAGCGAAACAUUUUGAUUACUGCUGCAUUGCCAUACGUGAACAAUGUUCCACAUCUCGGAAACAUUAUUGGAUGUGUUCUCAGUGCUGAUGUCUUUGCCCGUUAUUGUAAUCUACGAGGACAUCAAACCUUUUACGUUGGAGGAACAGAUGAGUAUGGAACGGCAACAGAAACAAAAGCACUUCAAGAGGGAUGUACUCCACGAGAGUUAUGUGACAAAUAUCAUGCCAUUCAUAAGGGAAUCUAUGAGUGGUUCGGAAUUGAUUUCUCUCAUUUCGGAAGAACCACCACUGAUCAUCAAACUGAAAUUUGUCAAGACAUGUUUUUGAAACUUCACAAAAAUGGCUACACAUCAUCGCAAUCGGUGGAUCAGCUGUACUGCAACCAAUGCGAAAAAUUCUUGGCUGAUCGAUUCGUCACCGGAACUUGUCCAAUGUGCGCUUAUGAUGAUGCUCGUGGAGAUCAGUGUGAUGGAUGUGGAAAGUUGAUCAAUGCUGUGGAUCUUAAGGACGCGAAGUGUCAUAUGUGUAAAGCAACUCCAGAAGUGAAACAGUCCACGCACAUCUUCUUAUCACUUGACAAGCUUCAACAGAAAACAACAGAACACUUGGAUCGUGAAUUAGCUAAAGAAGAUAAUCGCUGGUCAUCAAAUGCUGUUGGAAUUACCAAGGCUUGGAUGAAGUUAGGAUUGGAUCCUCGUUGCAUCACAAGAGAUCUCAAAUGGGGAACGGCUGUUCCAUUGGAUGGAUUCGAGAAGAAAGUGUUCUACGUAUGGUUUGACGCCCCAAUUGGUUAUCUUUCAAUCACAAAAUGUGUACUCGGUGAUAACUGGACUAAAUGGUGGAAGAAUCCAGAGAAUGUUGAGCUGUUCAAUUUCGUCGGAAAGGACAAUGUAGCUUUCCACGCCGUCAUGUUCCCUUGUUCUCAAUUGGGUGCCAAUGACAACUAUACAGUUGUUAAUAAUCUCUGUGCCACUGAAUAUCUCAACUAUGAGGACACAAAAUUCAGCAAGUCACGUGGAACCGGAAUUUUCGGAGAUGCAGCUCAAGGAACUGAAAUUCCAGCAGAUAUCUGGCGAUUUUACCUCUUAUACAUGAGACCCGAAAGCCAAGAUACUGCUUUUAGCUGGGAUGACUUUGUGUUGAAAGUUAACAGCGAAUUGCUGAAUAAUCUUGGAAAUUUCAUCAACAGAGCACUUUCGUUCGUCGCAAACUCUUUUGGAGGAGUUGUUCCAGAAAUGAAUUUGACAAAUGAUGACGCAGAAGUUCUUUCUGAAAUUCACAAUGAAUGUAUGCAAUGGGAUAAGCAGUUCGACGGAGUUCAUCUCAAAGAUGCUGUGAAGACUAUUCUAAAUGUUUCUCGUCUUGGUAACCAAUAUAUGCAAGCUCAAACUCCAUGGGUGCUCAUGAAAAAGGAUGAAGAAGGAAAGAAGAGAGCUGGAACAAUCAUCGGAGUGGCUGCUAACAUCGCCUAUCAUGUUUCUGUUCUUUUAUACCCAAUCAUGCCAACAAUUUCUGCAACAAUCCGUGAACAGUGUGGUUUACCAGCACUUCCUCUCUUCACUCCAUUCCCGAUUUGUUAUCUUAAAGCCGGUCACAAAAUCGGGCAACCAUCCCCUCUUUUCCAAAAACUCGAUCCUGCACAAAUUGCCGAAUUCAAAGCAAAGUUUGGUGGUUCUCAAGAUGCCCAGAGCUCCGCUCCAAAAACUGCCGAAAAGCCAAAACAACAGAAGAAGCAAGCACCCACCAAAGAUAAAAAGGGAGACAAAAAGAUGGCGUCAACUGCUGCUUUUGUGGAACUUGAACAAGGAGCCAAGGUUAUUUCGCAACUCAUCGCUCAAAAUCUGAAAAAGUUUGAUCAAGCCAAGGCCCUCUUCACCCGAAAUCAGCUCCAGAGAUUGGAUGGAGAGAACAAGCAGCUUACGAUUGAUGUUAAAACACUUCAGCAUCAAUUGAUUGAACUGGAAACUGCUGCCGGAAUCAAGCAAGUGCCAAAACCAGUUGUUUCGUGUACACCAACACCAACUUCUACUCCAGCUUCUGGAAUUAUCACAGAAGCUCCAAAGAAAGAGGCUCCUUCAACUCCAGCACCUUCCGAGCCGAAGAAAGCUAAGGAGCAGAAGAAAGGAAAGGGUGGGGCUGCUGCGGCUCCAGUCGACGAUACAAUCGAUGUGGGAAGACUCGAUAUGCGCGUUGGUCGAAUCAUCAAGUGUGAGAAGCAUCCUGAUGCAGAUGCUCUUUACGUGGAACAGAUCGAUGUUGGAGAGUCAGCCCCGCGAACUGUAGUUUCUGGACUCGUUCGUCACGUUCCACUCGAUCAAAUGCAGAACCGCCUUGUCGUUGUGCUUUGCAAUCUGAAACCAGCAAAAAUGCGUGGAGUAGAGUCCCGAGCCAUGGUUAUGUGUGCUUCAUCACCUGACAAAGUUGAGAUUAUGGAAGUUCCGGCUGAUUCCAAACCAGGUACUCCAGUCGUCUGCCCACCAUAUACACACAGACCUGAUGAGCAAUUGAAUCCAAAGAAAAAGAUCUGGGAGACAGUUGCAGAGGACUUGAAGGUUUCGGCUGAAGGCUUCGCAGAGUGGAAAGGACAACCGCUUCUCAUUGGAAGUGAAUCCAAAAUGACUGCCCCAACGCUUCGUGGAGUCCAUGUGAAAUAAUUGGUUUUCUGCAUUUAGCUUCUUUUUUUUCUAAGUUUCUCAUAAUAUUUAAGUUGUUUUCAAUUGUUGACCGUUUGGGACUCGUUUUUAUUUAUUUAUUCUUCAUAGCCUUCCGAUUUAUAUUCGCUGAUUUUGUAUCCCAUUUUGAAUUCAUCAAUUCAUAUCGGUUCAGUCUCUUUUUGGGCACGUUUUCUAUUAUCAAGACAUAAAGUUUAUUGUUUCCUGU